AUGGGUGACGAUCUUGCUGCGUUUUUUGCCAAAAAGAAGUCCAAGGGAACCAAGAAGAAGGCCAUCCGCAUGGAUGAUGUUGUCCAGCAGUUGGAGUCGAAUAUGAGAUUCGACAGGGUAGGUAUAUCUUAUUUGUUAGAGUUAUCGAUUUCUUUCUUCAUUUCAUAACGUUUAUUUAUAGGAAGGUGGUGAGGAUGAUGCACCGCUUACCCAGGACUUGCCUGGAAACCAUUUUAAUGACGAGGAUUCGGAGUGGAUUGGAUAUGGAACUAAGUCCCUUCAUCUAGCCGGCGAAACAGUCGGAACGUUUAAUUCAAUUGAUGUGAUUGACGAAGAAGUCGUGUCAGACCGUUCCGAACGUGAAAAUUGUGUCGUUGAAAAGACGAAAACCUGGAAUAUCCCUUCAAAGGUACGACUGUUUUGUUUUUCCAUAAUCUUAUGUUUAGGAUAAAGAAGAAGCCCCCAAGGAGACCGUUAUUGCCGCAGUGACAACGACAAAGUCCAAAUUCGAGGCUUAUAAACCUCCAACGCAGCGUAGUGGUGGUAGCCAUGCUCCUACCAGGAGGCAAAAUGUUGACCUGCGCAGUGAAGAAAUGUUCCCAUCUCUGGGAGAUGCCGAUAAGAUUGAAAAACAGCAAACUGAGUACCAGAAGAAACAAAGACAAGAAGAGAAAGUCGUAACCCCAGCUGAGCCGAAGCCGGAACCAGUUCGUGAGGUUAAGAAACCAGAACCAACCCCAACGGCAACUCUCCCCACUCCUGCCGCUAGGCCAACUCCACGAGUUGCUCCUCCAUCGGGAAAUAUUGGAACUGGAUUCAUGAAUGCCAAGGGAGAAUGGAUCGUUUUAGAAGAGCCUAAAGCUGAACCAGAAGCUCCAAGACGGGAACAGACUUCUUGGAGAUCUUCUAAAAUUGAAGCGGCACCGACUUCGUGGAGUGACAUAAAAGAAGAAAAGAGUAAGUUAAAGCUUACGUUUAGUAAAUAUAAUGUUGCCUAAAGCGUUUUUUCGAACUAAUCUGAAUUCUUUUCAGCUACACCCAGACCCAUUCAGAAAUCAAACCCGUUCGGAGCAGCCAAGCCCGUCACUGUUAAACUGCCAUCUGUGGCGGAUGAAGAUAAAUCGUGGAGGUCUGGAAAUCAGUCGAAGCCACAACAAGCAACGUAUCAGCCACCUCGGCAAGAUCGAAAUGAUGGACCUCCUCCGAACGAACGUAAACCUUGGGGAAGGGAAAGCCGAGAUGUAAAAGAUGUGAGAUCAGAAAGACAAGAAAAGUGGAGAAGAGAUGAUCCACCAGCUAGAAGAGAGGAGCCUGUGAAGAAAGAAGAACCAGUCAAAAACUGGAGGGACCCUGAGUCUGAGACUGCAGACGGGUGGUCAUCUGUUAGCACCCGCCGUCGUCGUUAA